GUCCCCUAUUAUGAAAACUAUUAAAAUACGUUGUGAUUGAUUUCAAUCUUUUACAUAUUUGUUAUUAAGUAAAUAUAAUUUAAUUUAUUCAUGCAUUAAUAUAUUUUAAAAUACUGCUAUAGAACAGCUUUUCUAAGCAUCAGAAGAAUGCAUGAGCAUCUUUCUUCUUUAUUUUUGAUAAUUCAUAAUUCAUAGGGUGCCACCUGAAUAGACAAACAGAAAGAAUUAAUUUUUGCACUGUCAUUCGUCGAAUCGAAUGUUUUCUUUUGUUUUUUUAUUUUAUUUUUUUAUUUCAUGUGUUUAUGGAACAUCCCACGCAUAUUCAUUAUGGAAGUUAAAAACUAUACAUGUAAGACCACAUUAAUUGCUUGAGCAAAAUCACAUACUUGGAGAUUGAUUGAAUAAAAGCAACCGUAUCAACUUAAUUAAUCUCCAAUGGCUUCUAGUCAGCUUGUUGUCUUCGCCAUUGUGGCAAUUAUCCUUCCUGCAGUAGCUAUGGCAACUGAUUUUCUUGUUGGGGAUGAUAAAGGCUGGACUGUUGGUGUUAACUGUACCGAAUGGAGUAAUGGCAAAGCAUUCUACGCCGGUGACAGAUUAGUAUUUUUGCAGUGUUCACCACAUAACGUGUACAGAGUUAACGGGACUAGCUUCAAGGAAUGCAAUCCAUCAGGAAUUCUUAUGAACAGUGGAAAUGAUACAGUCAUACUUGACCUACCAGGUAAGAAAUGGUUCAUUUGUGGCGUUUCAAGUCGCUGUGAGGUUGGACAGAAGCUAGUCACUGCGAGGUUGGAACCCACGCCAGCUACGGAAUCCAACUAA